AUGGAUUGGCGAUCGUCGCCGCGGGCUGCCACCUAUUGCUUGCGAAGCAUUAUGGCGUUAAUCGUGGGAAGUGGCUCAAACCGACAGUGGAGUUUUUGUCGUCGAAAGAUAGAAACGAAGGCAACCCGCCAGUGUACAGCCACAGCAGGCAGCUGUUUGUGGUCAAGUUGUAGACGCGGUUUGGUGCUGACGUCGAUCCUUUUAGUGACUUGUCUUGCCCGACCGAUCGCCGGCAGCAGAGAGCGUGAGUUGCACUUGCAGGACUAUGCUGUCCUGUCGCAUGUGCGUUCAUUAAACAACCCCUGCAAGGAGUCGGGUGGUGCCGGUACCACCACAAACCAACGCGCACCGCCCGAAUCUGGCAGCGUGUUGAAGCUGUCCGAACUUGUGACGCAAAGUGAUGUGAUAUUCAAAGCAUUCGCUGGCCAUGGAAACGACCUGCGGGAUGCGGCUCUCAACUUCUCGAGCAUGGCGACGGGAGCGGCAGAACACCGUCAGCAGCAGCAGCAGCACCAUCACCAGCCACGCUGGAAACCGCAGCCGGUGGACGCGAAACAUGAGGCAGGCGCAGAUUUUAUCGUACGACUCGAGCCCGGCACCGUCUACAAAGGAAAUGAGCUUUUCAAACAGUUGCAACUGAACAGCUGGAAGCAUUAUUUCAUCCUUUGGAGCAAUGGCAGCGUACAGUACACGCAUCGUGAUGUGCCCGUUCAAGGUCACACGACAGGCGAGAGUUUCAAACCGACCGAAUCGACGACGGCGGACACUACCUACCCAGACGGUUUGAACGCUGAUGCAUCUUUAUCGAGUCAUUUAGAGCGCCGCAGUGCAGAACCUAUCUCGACGGCAAAGACCACAAAGCCAGGUUGCCAAAACAAGCGACCCGGAGGAACAUGGAGCGAAAGUACACCGUCAGCUGUUACGGAAGGAGUCCACGAUGACUCAUCUUUCCAACCAGCUCACCCGAUCGGUACUGACAAUUCAAUCCAUUCGGCUGCGCACAACCUUGACACCGACCGCAGCAGUCCAGCUCAUACUUUCUCGAAUGACGACCACAAGCACAAACCCUUGUCUGCUGAUGAACGUGUCAAUUUGCAGCAAAGCGCUGAAAGCAACAAGAGCACACUGCCGGAAGACGAAACAUCGGAUGAACGGGCCGUGCCUAAAUCGAUGGGAAAGGAUUUCGAAAGCGAGGGUCAGAUUAGCCGCACGCUGAGCGAGAUACUGCCUGUUACACUGGUCGUAUUUGGGCGUCUGUCCACGGGUGGUAACGAUGGCGGUGGUGCCACUGAUAAGCUACUGCGAGUGGAUCCGUACGUGGGACUUUUACGCUGGGACGAGCAGCUCGAGGAUGCCCUGUGGCAAGCGCUUGGCUGGAGCGAAUGGAGUGACAACACCGGCUGCAGUGUGGCGUGCGGAGGCGGUGUACAACAACGGUUUCGACAUUGUUUACAGUCGGCACCCUCAGACCGUGCCGGUGCGACGGAGAUACACACGGAAUCCAUCACGCCACCGCCGGUAACACCUUCGGUUGCUACCACGCGACAUCGGCGCAAUGUUUUAAGCAGUGAAAUUGAAAACCCCACCAGCGCAGCCACCACCGCACGUACGCAGCCAGUUACGUUCGGUGCGCAACCAGGCGUCUCCAUUACUCGAAUGUCGUACGGGAACGAUGAUGGCGAUGGGAAACGGAAAAGAAAACUCAAAUCAAAACAAACGAUGGCGUAUGAAAAGGAGCGAAGAAUGAAGUUCCGGGAAAAGGUUAAUGAAAAGAGCAUAAUAAUGAACCCCUCAACGAGCGAACCCAUUUCAUCAGAAUCUGUUACCCAGUGGACCCCCACGGUACAGGGUAAAUCCGUUCCACCCCACGAACGAAUGGUUAUGGAAGCUGCAGUGAAGACGGAUCAUAAUCGACAAUCGGAUGAGGCUGCUGAUGACGAGGACACGUGGCCUGUCUGCGAGGGUCACAAUAUCGAGCAGCGGAACUGCAACAUGUUCGAGUGCACUGGUACAAUUAAUUUGUUAACGGCACUCACAUCAAACUACCACUGGAGGGCCUGGGACGAAGCGAUCGACGAUCGAAUCAACUAUCAGAUCAAUCAACUAGAUCAAAAUUUUACCCUAAUGAUGAGUUUGCGCUUAAAGGUAAGUGUGACUCAGCCGGCCGCCGGUUAUAGUGGUCACCGGGAGCACCGCGCGGACGAUGACAUCGGGUCGGAUCCUUCGUCAACGGUUCGCCCAAUCAGUGGGCACAUUUUUUCCGUACGGUCCAAGCUAACGACCGGUUCAAGUUUGUCGAUAAAUUUCGAAACCGAUGGGCACGGCGGGAUACGGGUGUUGCAGGAAAAGUACGGCCUGUCCGAGAUGCUACCGGUGCGAUCGGGCAAACUCACCCUGCGCGACGGUGAUUGGCAUUCGCUGGCACUCAGUGGCCGAAACGGUGGCUUCGUAACGGUCUACAUCGACUGCCAAUGGAUUAAUUCGUUCGUCCUGACGAAGGGCUCGAUCGAGCUGCCCCAGUAUCCAAUCGUGGAGGUUGGACAAAAUGUUGAACUGCGUCAGCUCACGGUGGUACCGGGUGAGAAAUCGGCCCGUUUACAAUGCAACUCGCAACCGGUUCCGAUACACGAUGUGGAAAACCGACAAGUGACGAAUUAUUUUGAGCAUCUCAAUUAG